AUGAAGAAGAAAUCCGUCUACACCAACAUCACGCCGAUUCCCUCGCACAUCCCUCGUCAACUGGCCAUCGACAUGCUCCACAGCCAUGCCGAAAUCAUCGAGCUCAAUCCCCUUGUGAUCGGCCACAAGCCCAUCAAAGCCCCACAGACUGCGCCCGCCGAUGAGUUCUUCUCCACAUGGUAUGAAAUCAAUGAGAGGAUUCAAUAUGUCCCGGGCAUAGGAAGAGCGGGAGCAGGCAAGAUAUCCUUCAAGGGCUGUUUCCAUGACAUGCCAUGGGGUCUGCAGACACAUGUCUAUGCGCCAAUGGGCGUGGACCUGCGCAAUAAAUGGCAGAUUCGAGGCAAUCAACCCGGCGAGCCUCCCGAGUCGAGGGAACUGGGAAGCGGUGCUCCCGCCGAGGGUCUCUAUCUUCGUGAAGACAUUGAAAUCAGGUGCAACCCCGCCAUGGUAUCCUUUGUGAAGAAAGAGAUGAAGGCAGCCUCGAAGACCAUGGUUGACCGCUUGGUCAAAAAGGCAGAAUUGAUUGACGCCGGAGUGCUGAAUGCGAUGAUGGCGGAUGGCAGACUCAAGACGUUGAACCCUGCAGACCGCUCACAGACCUUCCAACAGCAAGGCCAUUACUCCCCGUCUAUGCUUUCCCCCAACCUGCAGUCAGGGUUUCCUCAGUCGCCCGCGGUCCCUGGAUUCCCACAAUCCGCGUAUGCGAGACAAUCCAUGUACGGCUCGCCCGGCCCACAAUACUCGAUGGUGCCACCUGCUCAAGGCCUUGCAAUUGAAAUGGAAGGAAGUACCUAUUUCGUCCAGCAGCAAGCCCCGGCCCAGCACCAACAGCAACAACAACUGCAUCCAAACAGAUUUUCGUCUGCAGUUUCUGAAUUGUCUGCCAGCUCCCCGAAUCAGAGCGACUUUCCGCAAAACAGCAGCCAGUCCGACCGACAAAGCUACGCAGAGUCUGUCAGCUCAAUGCCGAGUUCCGUGCCGCACGGUGGAAUGGCUUCUCCGGGUAUGGAGAAGCGAACUUUCGUGGCUGAGUUACCGGCGAGUAGCGGACCUGCACAGAAUAGGUCGCCUAGGAGUCCUGAUCCAAACGCAAUGUCGGCGCAAGCUCAACAGCAACAAGCGCAGCAACAGUACCGAUACAACCCCCAGGAUUAUGCUCGAAUGUCAUGA